AUGAUGGGGAAUGUAGUACUAGCUGACGGACGAAGCAAACUUAUUUUACAUGCUGAAUUACUCCUUCGAUCGCGAAACGGAAAAAGCGCCAGUCCUCUGAAACUUGAAGGCUUCCAGCGUUCGCUUGGAAUGCUGUCAUCAGCUGGAUUAUCGGUGGUCUCUCUCACAACGAAUGGAAGCCCUUUGGUUAAUCCACUAAAAAAGAAAAUCGAGGAAAAUGUUGAGACAAUCCGUCAUUUCUCUCCUGGAUGUCACUUGUUGAAGUGGUUCGAGUGUGAACUUGAGAAGGCUGCGAAUCAUCAUGGUUGCGAGGAGAUUGGAGCGUGGCAUAAACGUAUCACAAAAUUCCUAUGGCGUACGAUUGAACAUGGAAUAAAUUAUGACUUGAAAGUACCUCCCAUGUUUAAUACGUGCCUCAUGCAUGUUAGAGGCGUCCACAAAUGGCCACAGGAAGAAUUAACGGGACCAUAUACGAAAUGUUAUCACGAUCCUGUUUCAAGGCCAUGUCACGAGUCUCUGAUGCUCGAAGGCAAAGCCUUCAAGAGGUUCCAGAACGUGGUACUGACGGAGUCUUUCCAGAAGGAUCUCCCAGAUGUCAGCCCCUUUGGAGAUACUGUAAUAUAUGACAUCCAAAAGGCCAUGGAUAGGUUCUAUUACAAGAAAAACAUAUUGUAUCCGUUGUCGGUAUAUCCUCUCUGCUCAUUGAUGGCAACCAUGCACGUGAAUGCAUGGAGGAUGGCAGAAACGAAGAGGAGGAGAAAUUUCAUAAAGAAGAGGGCCAGGUACAAGAGGCUGGCUAAGAAUUCUCCAACGAAACAUACAUGGAGGAAGUCCAUUUUCGAUGAAGUUCUGAAAGAACGACUUCUUGCUUUGGAGAAAAGCCAGAAGGAGGAAUCCACAUCAGAAUACGUUCGCGAGCUGAUGAUUGCCGACGAGUAUUAUGAAAAUGAGCUUUAA